AUGAGCACGCUCAGCUCAUUGGCUAGUUGGCCAUCCUUCCGACCCAAGAAACCAGUAUCGGAACAUAUUUUCACGGAUGGUAACUUGCCAAUGUUAGGCUAUGGACAAUCCAAGUUCAUAGCAGAGAAUAUUUUAAGUAAUGCUGCAAAAAAUCACGGUAUCCCAGUUGAUGUCUUACUAAGAUGUGGACAAAUUGGUGGCCCUGCUGGUGAUGGAAAAAAGCAGUGGAAUGCUCAGGAUUGGUUCCCAGCUCUUCUGCAAUCUUCCAAAGCACUUGGAUUGAUACCAAGUAAUCUUGGAGCUCAAGAUCUUGUUCAAUAG